AAGUUUGCAAACAAGCCCCAGCCCAGCGGAGCUGCUCCCUCGAUCCCCUCCUCCCUCCUCUUCUCAUCCCGUCAAAUCCACAGCACCACCACUCACUAUUAGUAUAUAUAUAAAAGAAAAACUGUAGAGAAAGCAGGCUGGUUUGGGCUGUAAUUCUGUAAAGGAGAAGAAAACCCGUAACAAAAGUCAACAAAUUCAACUGCAGAAAGAAAGAAAAGAAAACAGUGGGAGGUGGAGUAAGUGCAAUGGCGGGGCGAUCGAGCUCAACGUCCACAUCCACAUCCACAUCAUUAUCGUCAGUAUCUUAUUCUUCAUCUUCAAAGAGAGGAAGAUGGAGCCAUCUCUCAACCCACGCUGCUCGGUUUUAUUUCCUCCUCAUUUUUCUGCAAAUCCCUCUUUUCAGGGUUCCAUGUAGAUCUGGGCUGUGUACAACACCACUACAGGUCACGUCCUGCCAGUUGAUAUCUAGUGAAAUCUUUCCCCUUCCCGUAGUGAAGGCCCUACUCUACCCUGGUGCUGUUUUGGAUGGUUUGAUCAGUAACCAGACUGUUCCAAGCUGGGACAAUAUUCUGAAUAUUUAUAACUUGACUGGAGUGAAGGAGGCUUCUGCUGUAACUGACUUGCAACGAUUGGAGGUUCUUGCUGGAAGCUACUUCUCUGUGGCCGGAGGACUUAUUGGCAUUAUUAGACCUGGGAGAAUGAGCAUGUUUGGAACCCUUCUUGUUAUCUGGGGCCUAGUCAAAGAAGGGAUUCUUAAGAAGCCAGUGAACACCGACCCUACAAGUGCAAAUCAAGUAUUUGUCUACCCAACAAUGUUGAUAGCCCUGAUUUGUGCCUUCCUGUCUGUUAAGUAUGAUGUAAAGAAGGUUAUGCGAAGCACUCCAAGUCGACCAGUUGCAAAGCCUCUGCAGAGCUCUGUCAAGUCAAAGUUGAAGUGAGUUACGUUAUAGUACUGCUGACGAAAAAUGAAUUUCACCAUUUCCUUUUCCUUAACUAGUUCUCAGACAAAUUCUGCUACCACUGGGGUUAAUUACCUUUUGGAUGAAACUCAUCGAAGCUGCAAAUUCUCUACUUCACAAGCAAAGUUUGUCGGUGAAUGAACUGAGCUGUUUCUUUUUUUGCAUUAGGAGAAUUGAGUAUGAAUGUUUUGAAGCUGCUUAUUUUAUAAACGUCAUCUCCAGACGGCUUGCGCA